GGAUGAGCUCAACCCCGCUGGCGUUAGUCAAUCAACCUACAUUACGGAUAGUUAAUAACCAGUUACUAUUCACCUUCAUCCGCCUCCACUACGCUUGGACUCCUAUGCGCCAUGAGUCGAUCACACCUCGCCUUGCUACAUCGAUAAUCAUAGGGCACAACAUGAAUACUAUUCUGACUCCCUUGUUCGAGAAAUUGAUAUUCAUUGCUCGUAACUCGAUUCGCGAAUAGUCUACAAGAUGCCCGACGCAAGUAUAAGCAGCAUAUCUGAUGGGCGGUUAAGAUACAGUGGAGAGUCACCUUCCAAGCUCAAGCAGCCUAUCUACACGGAGAAAUCGGUCGUCAACGAUAUUCAAAUAUAUGACACUCGACCUAAGGCAGUACCUACGACAGCAACAACCCGGUCGUCGCCCAUAACAGACCACAUCAAAAGUGAACUUACAAUACAGCCAAUGAAUGCGGUUUCCAGUAGCAACCAAGCCAGGUCGGAUGAGGAUGAGCCUCCAAAGUCUGUGAUACACGCACCUGCUGGGUUCGGCGACUUUAUAAAUGGCCUGAAAUACUCUAGCAGCUCUUCACAGUCAAUAUCAGAUGGUGCAGAAACCUUGGCAUCAAAUGAGAAUCAAAGUGGGCCGACAUCACCACCGCCGCUGACUACUACAUCGAUUCAACCAGCUGACGACUGGUUUGAACGAGCAACCCCUCGUGCACAAACAAGGCAGGAGUUCCUGGACAUCAGUAAAUAUGUUCAUUCUGCCAGUCAUGAAGGAUCAGAAACGGCCGUAAAUCACUGCGAGGAACAGCAGUUGUCCACCAGGCCCUCCGUCGAUGAAGAACCAGCUUCCUCAUGUAACUCCAAUGCUAGAGAGACCGGCCAACAUACAAGCGAGAAACUUGAAAGUCGCCAUUCACAAGUUGUACAAUUGUCUGAUGAGGAAUCGGAGAUUGGCGCUUUACAAGCAGCUCUUGCUGAAUGCUGGGCUCUAUGCAAUACAUUGGCAACGCUAAGCUCCAUACACCGUGAACGUCAUGAGUGCACUGUGGAUGCUCAGGAGGAUGUCUGGAAAUCGUGCUGGCGAUUAUGCCAGGAAUUGUACAACAGUCAUAAUGAUAAUUGUGCACCGCAAAUCAACCCAACGCUUGACCUUUGCAGGGAAUUUUGCCAAACGCUAUUCGAGACCCGCGUCAGAAACGAUGAGAGUGCCGAUUCUGUUCUCCGUGUUAGCUUCGAGCUUAACAAUCAUCUGUACAAUACACACGACCGUAACCUCCCCGAUGCAUUCAGAGAAAGAACCUUGGACUUCUACAUUACUAUAUGUCACCGCCUGAUGAAGCAAAGGACGCUUGUGUCAGAAACAGACUCCAUGUUGGGCGCCUGCUGGUCCCUAGCAGAAAUGCUUUUCAGCAUACGUCAGAGUAUCAAAGAGGGUAAAAUACUUGGUGAGGAGUUGCUUGGCUCAGCAGUCCAGGCUUGUUGGGAACUAUGCGAUAUUUUCCGUGAAGGUUGGACUCAACGGACUCUUCGAAACUCUGAUCGCGGUACUCCCCGGCCAAGUCAAGCAACCUUUACUACACAGGUCGUUCACCAACCGAAACAAUUAGAGUCUGGCUCAGUCGAUGAGUUGAUAAAUCAACAAGGAAACCCCGAGACACCAACAACAAUAUUCGACGAUACCGCAACCGUGUCGCCAGAUGAUGCACCAGUUCAAAACAUUUUCGUCUUGGGCCAAGGCCCAGGUCAGUCUUCCCACGCCUGGUCGUCUAAUUCGUCUGAUAUCUCGGGUCAAAGCCAGUCUUCAGAACAAACAUCUUCCACACAGACAGUGAAAACAUCAUCCAAGGAUCCAAAUCUGGCAUGUGUCCGAAUAUUAGUGACCCAGGCCGCAAUAAACAGCGGAUAUCAGCGCGUUGGGCCACAUAGUUUUCCUUCAUUCGUCAAGUCGCUUUCUUCGGAUGCGUUUGGGUCGAUGCCAUGGCAGGUUGCACUCCUGAAGAAUUACAAGCAAUUAGUAGCAUUCGAUCCGGCAUUCAGGACUGUGGGUCCCUCGGCUCGAGCGGGUGCAGCUGAUGUGGCAUGCGCUGUUGAAGUGAUGGUGCAGAGCGGGCAACACCUUUGGCUGCGCGAUCUUUACCGUCUCGUUUUCGGAUUUCACAUUGACGAAGCAGUAAGCCGCAAAGGUAUGAUGCUUCAAGUAUAGCUAUUUGGCCCAGGCUUUUUCACGAGUCUUCCGUUGUGCUAGUAAUGUCCGGUUCGGCUUUCGUGCUCAUCAUGUCCGGCAAGCUUCUGGGGAAUGUGCGCUGGGUAAAUUUGAAUUACUGAAUCAAGAGGGCGUGCAGAUCAACAGAAGGCAGUCAUUACUGACCCAAUCUUAACAGAACAGUAGAAAUAAUGAAAUUUUAAUAAUAG